AGACAUUACGGUAAUUUUGAUAGCGAGCGAGAGAGAUACAGAGAGAAAGAGAGAGAGAGAGAGCUUCACAAACUCUGACAGGUCAGCUAUGACACUGCAGAGCUUCUCCUUCCCUUUCCCUGAAACUCGAUUCUUCAGAGCUGGUCGUUUCAUCUACAAGUUCAAGAUCAGAGGAGGCAGCAGCUACAGUGGAGAGGAGGUGAUGGGAGGAAACUACUUCAAUCAGGAACUGGAGGAUAUCGUCAGAGCUGUUCUUGGCAACCUGGACAGUCUCCAGCCCUUCUCUAGUACCCACUUCAAUAUCUUCCCUUAUAAGAAGCGCUGGGAGGGAUUGUCUAAGGUGAUGUGCAAACACGGCGAGAAGAAGCUGAGAGCCUACCCUUUUAUUCUUAUCCUCUACCUGGAGAAAAACACACAGAAUGGAAAACAAGCAGAGGAGAAGCUGAGUCCAGAGAAAGAAAUAGUGCAGCACUUCCCCUCUGUUUCUGAGCCCCAGUCCAAGCGCUGUAAGAGAGAUUCACCACUAGAGGAGGCCAUACUAAAGGACUUAAUCAAGGACUUGGAGGCUGAAAGCAAGGUUUCUAUGGUGGGCAGGCUGCACAUGGACAAUCCACAUGCAGAGGAGGCAGUCAAAGAAGAUCCAGGACAUGGUGACAAGGAAGGGACCAAUGGGUUUGACCAACCCCAGCUGAAAUCCGGUGUCAACGACAUCAGUGGAAGUGGGAACCCAGGUGAAGUGCAGCCUGGGACAAUACAGGACAUGGGAGAGGAGGAGGGAGAAAAUUCAGACUCUGGGUCACCUGUGAGGUCAGGGAUCCUUACUCGAUUGGCCAGCCGUAUCUUCCCUUUCUCCUUGUUCUUCAGAGACCCCUAAGAGCUAUGUCAAAGAGACAGGAGGGUCUUACUGGUUCCAGUAGCAGAGCCUCACUCGGGUUUGUUUGGUUAAACUUAUGCUCUGAGCACAAAACUGUGUUUUGAUUUCUUCAGGAACUAAAUUUUAUCGAUGUGUUAGUGUUCUUCUUUCAUCCUCCUCCUUACUUUUUAUAUUGUUAUGUGAAAGUACAGGGUUUUCUCCACUUCCCUGGGAUUUCUGCUUUUGUACUCUUAUCAUACAUUUUAUAAUUUCCAUUAAAUUGAUUUGUUGUAAAAUAUGAACUAUUGCUACAGUGAUGGAGAGUCUAUUUUACACCAUCUUUUUGUUGUAGCUUUUCACUAAUAUAAGCAAAUAAAUGUCCUUACUCCUUUGUUUCCUUUUCCCUUCAUGGUUGUUUUUUUAAUUUAAUUUUGAUUUAUAUUGUUCUAUGAUGGAUUGCUGUUGGGUUGCUUCACAUUAAUAUUUGCAAAGCAUGCCAUAAAAUAACUGGAUUUUAUCCUUUAGAUAUACAUAUACCUACAAAAAAUGUAAAACAGCAGCAGAUCAACCCAAAAAUAGAAACACUACUACCUUCCUAUGUACUGUAUAUAAAAAAGAGGAAGGUUAAGACAUAUGCCAAAU